GGGAGAGGGCAGUCAGCCUGCGGCCGAGACUUGUCCGCUGCCGUCGCGCACUGCUCGGAGCUCCCUGGAGGUGGGCGAAAGUGUGCGAGAGCGCGGGGGAGGAGCCGAGCGGGGCGCGUCCCGAGAGCGCCGCCACCGCCCCCCGGAGUCUGCUGGAGCGCGGAGCCCCCUGCAGGGGACGCGGCGAGCGGCUGGCGGGACGCGGCGGCGGGCGCGGACCAUGCAGUCCCCGCCCGGCCAGCGCUGGCUGCUCGCUGUGCUGUGAGGUGGCGGGGUCCCCUCCGGCUGCCGCACCCCUCUCCGCGCAGUUCAAGUGCUGCCCGGCGCCCUUGCCCUUCGUCCCGGCCCCGGGACGCCGGUGGAAGGCACGGCCUGCCCCUGCCUUGCUCUGCCCGAAUCAUGCAGGGGGCCCCGAAGGAAGAGAAGGCGACUGACCGGCCCGCGCCGCCCGUGGUCGAGGGGCGCCCUGCUCUCUGAAACGCCCUCCACCUGCUGCCAUGUGUCGCCGCCACAGGUACCUAGCUUGUCGUUAAACUUUCCCAGCUCUGGCCCGAUUCGGAGUCGCGCGACUGAGGAGCCCGACUGGUCGCAGACAUCUGCCGCCCAGUAGGAUCCUCCGAGAGUUCUGUCCUUGGAGUCGGAGCCCUAAUCAUCCCUCCAGCCCUAUCUGGUGUGGAACUGAGUGCUGCCGGCGGAGGCAGCGCCUUCCCGAAACAGUUUAUCUUUGGACGGAUUUCUUUAAGAGAAAAAGAAACCAACAGGUUGCCAGCCCGGGCGUCACACUCAAGACUCCGGAGAGGGAAGCCCCGGCCGCAGAUUCGUCGGCCAACGCAGACCCUCUCGGGCAGCGGGAGGCAAAGGGAAGAAGGAGACGAUGGCUCGACCCGACCCGUCUGCGCCUCCCUCUCUUCUGCUGCUGUUGCUGGCUCAGCUGGUGGGCCGGGCAGCGGCCGCCUCCAAGGCCCCGGUGUGCCAGGAAAUCACGGUGCCCAUGUGCCGCGGCAUCGGCUACAACCUGACGCACAUGCCCAACCAGUUCAACCAUGACACGCAGGACGAAGCGGGCCUGGAGGUGCACCAAUUCUGGCCGCUGGUGGAGAUCCACUGCUCCCCGGACCUGCGCUUCUUCCUGUGCUCCAUGUACACGCCCAUCUGUUUGCCUGACUACCACAAGCCGCUACCACCGUGCCGCUCCGUGUGCGAGCGCGCCAAGGCCGGCUGCUCGCCGCUCAUGCGCCAGUACGGCUUCGCCUGGCCCGAGCGCAUGAGCUGUGACCGCCUCCCUGUGCUGGGCGGCGACGCCGAGGUUCUGUGCAUGGAUUAUAACCGAAGCGAAGCCACCACCGCGUCCCCCAAGUCCUUCCCAGCCAAGCCUACUCUCCCAGGACCACCAGGGGCGCCAUCUUCCGGGGGCGAGUGCCCCUCGGGAGGCCCAUCUGUGUGCACGUGCCGCGAGCCCUUCGUGCCCAUCCUGAAGGAGUCACACCCACUCUACAACAAGGUGCGCACCGGCCAAGUGCCCAACUGCGCGGUGCCCUGCUACCAGCCGUCCUUCAGCCCGGAUGAGCGCACGUUCGCCACCUUCUGGAUUGGCCUGUGGUCUGUGCUGUGCUUCAUCUCCACGUCCACCACCGUCGCCACCUUCCUCAUUGACAUGGAACGAUUCCGCUACCCUGAGCGCCCCAUCAUCUUCUUGUCUGCGUGCUACCUGUGUGUGUCCCUGGGAUUCUUGGUGCGCCUGGUCGUGGGCCAUGCCAGCGUCGCCUGCAGCCGUGAGCACAGCCACAUUCACUAUGAGACUACCGGCCCUGCGCUGUGCACGGUUGUCUUCCUCUUAGUCUACUUCUUUGGCAUGGCCAGCUCCAUCUGGUGGGUCAUCCUGUCGCUCACCUGGUUCUUGGCGGCUGGCAUGAAGUGGGGCAAUGAAGCCAUCGCAGGCUAUGCACAGUACUUCCACCUUGCUGCCUGGCUCAUCCCCAGCGUCAAGUCCAUUACGGCGCUGGCACUGAGCUCGGUGGACGGGGACCCAGUGGCUGGCAUCUGCUACGUGGGCAACCAAAACCUGAACUCACUACGAGGCUUUGUCUUGGGCCCACUGGUGCUGUACCUGUUGGUGGGCACGCUCUUCCUUCUGGCAGGCUUCGUGUCACUCUUCCGCAUCCGGAGCGUCAUCAAGCAGGGUGGCACUAAGACGGACAAGCUGGAGAAGCUCAUGAUCCGCAUCGGCAUCUUCACCCUGCUCUACACGGUGCCAGCCAGCAUCGUGGUGGCCUGCUACCUGUAUGAGCAGCACUACCGGGAGAGCUGGGAGGCAGCCCUCACCUGUGCGUGUCCAGGCCCGGACGCUGGCCAGCCACGCGCCAAACCCGAGUACUGGGUGCUCAUGCUCAAGUACUUCAUGUGCCUGGUGGUGGGCAUCACGUCGGGAGUCUGGAUCUGGUCCGGCAAGACCCUGGAGUCUUGGCGGCGGUUCACCAGCCGCUGCUGCUGCAGCUCUCGGCGGGGCCACAAGAGCGGUGGCGCUAUGGCCGCAGGAGACUAUGCGGAGGCCAGCGCCGCGCUCACCGGCAGGACCGGGCCGCCUGGACCCACCGCCGCAUACCACAAGCAAGUGUCACUGUCGCACGUAUAGGAAGGCCUGGAGGCCGAGAGGCCCAGGGACAGUGCUGGAAGUUGAAGGGGGCAGUUGUUUCGCUUGGUAGCUUUGUGAAGGUCACUUCCGUUUACCUUCUUGGUGCUGAUGUCCCCUUCCUGAGCGGCUUGGAGGGGAAAAGGGGGCGGUUUCGAGAGAGAUUACCUGCCCCCAGUCUUCUACCAGAGGGCUUGGCUCGCAGGGCAGUGGCUUAAGUGUAUUCUAGUUUGCAUUUCUUAUUGCUUUCUUUAGAAGUACCUUGUUUUUAAUUUAUAUGUAUUUUAACUUUGUUGCAUUUUGGCAACAAAAUUUACCUUUGCUUUGGGGGCUUCAUAAUCCUCAAAUUGGCAUUGUAAUAAGGUUACUGUUGGUUCAGGUUUUUUUGGACUGUGUGGUCUAAAUUAGGAAAAUAUAUUUCCUAUACGUGUCUUUUUUUUUUUUUUUUUUUUUUUUUUUAUAAAUGUGAACAGUGAAAGGCUGCUGUGAGUGGGAAGGUGUGAAGUGUUCUUUUUUAGGUAGUUUCUUCUUACAGUGCUUAAAAUGUCCAGGACACUUAAGAGGCCAGAGGCCAUCUACUCCUUUUGUGUCUAGCCCCCUCAAGUCCUCUGUGAAAGUAGAAUACGAUGCGGUUAGGACCAUCCCCCAAGUGACUAGGUAAGAGCUAGGAGUUUUGUAAGCCUCCUUAACCUUGCUCAGCAAGCACUGGGCUCUUGGGCAGCUCAGCUGCCAUCAUUCUCAUCCCCCCCCCCCCAUCCCCGUCAUCAUCGUGUCUUGAAUAAGUUAGAGGUAGCAUUAUAGAGUGGACAUAAACAUUUGCCAUGGAGCCUGAGGGGUGGGGAUUGGCUGAAUGUGAAUUCUGUACUGGUGAGGUGGUGAGCUUUCUGCGGGAGAGGGAGUGGGUGGCUCUUAAAAAGCUCCAGAGAGUGCCCCUUACCCUCCCCCCCUUUUUUGAGAAUAAAUAAAAAAUUGUGCUACAAAUUUCUGUAAAAGUAAACCCACUCCCUUUUUCUGGAAGUAGGUAGGACUCCUUGCUAAAGGGGACUCUCUUAGAUUAAAGGACAAAAAACGGAUAUGCUUCCAGUACUUAAAGUAAAUUCCCAGUGCUUCGAAUCUGCUGCUCUGGGCCGACCUCCUUUAUCAUGUUAAACAGUCCUCCUUGCUUUUCUUCUUCCUCCUGGUGGAGAGCGGUGAUUAGAGACCACACCCACCAGUGAAGUGCUCAGACUGGGGGAGGGAGGCUAGUUACCUGGGAACAAACAUUGGCUCAUGGGGAAAACAAAUGGCCCUGAACUCGGAAGGUUUAAAGCCAGAUGUUCUCCAAAGCAGCUACCCCAUGCCCUAGUCGCCUGAGAACCACCAAGACUCCUAACUCAAGCUUUGUACUGUGGGGACAGUGUAAAGCUACCGCUGAGACCUGGUUUCUUUUCCUCCCCUUUUGAGAGAGCCUGUAUAGUGAUGGACAGACACCCCCUCACACAGUUCCCCUGCUAUUAGAGUCUGUUUGCUUUCCUAAUCUGUUUAACUAUUCAUUCACUAAGAGUGUGGGGCCAUUACUGGGAAGGAAAUGGCAGGGCGUACCAGUGACCAAGGCAGAGCGGGGACUGAAUUUAGGGAUCUAAAAUGGCCAAACCACUGAAAUGUCACCAAGCUUUCCUAGAGAAACAGCUGGAGUCCAGGCAUCCCGAUUUUCCUUUGCAGCAGCUGGGGGGUGGAGUGGGGUAGGGGGAGUUAAGCCUGAGCCAGCUUUAUGCCCCAGGGACUGAGUAGGGAAAAGCAUAGUAGGUUCCCACUGGGAAUGUAAGCAGAGGGUGUUCACAUUUGUAAAAUACCCUGCCCUCGCUCACAGGAGUCAGAAUUAAAAUUUCAGUGGCUUCCACAAGACCUUGUACACCUAGAUGCAGAACUCUGGGAACAUCUCAUUCUGAUGCCCCUUCCGGGAACCUCAAUACACUCACUGGCUCAGCACCACUUCUGUUUUUCAAAUGAGGUUCUUUUCUUAUCACCUUGACCUCUUGCCUUGUUUAGCAUAGUCUUCCCAGAACCUGCUCCCUCCCCACCCCCCCAGUCAGCUGUGCAUUGUUGCGUUGUUCCCUUCUCACAAAGAAAAUUGAAAACUGUGGAGGAAUCUAGAAAAAGACAUACAGUGUAUCUAAAAGUUGUGGAAUGGAGCAGAUGAAAGUGAUCUAAUUCAUUUUUUUUUUGAAUGGUUAUUUUUUUUCCUUCUAAGCAACAUGCCAAAGUUCUAAAAAAAAAAAAAAAACCGAAAAAUACAGCAGUUGAAGUGGGUGCAAUGCUAGAGCAGGAGACUAGGUAGGGAAUGGCUUUGGAAGGCGCUGCAGAGGCCUCACGUUUUUUGUUCUCUGUGCUCCCCUUUCCUCUCCCUUACCCUUAGACAAAGCGCACCUGCUUCCCUGGAACCUACAGGAGUUCCUAGCCAGCCCUAGGGGAGGGAAGAGGGAAGCUGCCUUCGGAUGACUACCCCCUCUUCCCACCCUCUUCCCACCACGUUUCCCUCCACUUUGCAUAUCUGUACUGAUAACAAGAAGUGAAAUGAAAAGCCUUGGGGCAGGUAGUUCAGCAACUUCUGCACCGCCAGCUUUGUUGUAGCUGAGAGGACUUGGGGUUGGUUCCAGAUCCAGGGCGCAUGCCUUUGGCCAGCCAUCUCGUUCACCUCUUUAACCAUUGGGAUACUUCACAGAAUAGAGGGUGAGGAUUUAGAGAAUUUAAAGGAAGAAGCAGAAUCUCAAGGGCUCCGAUGGCCAGAUAUUAGGGAGGUUAUGUUUUUUAAUUAAUAUUAUUUCCCUCCUCACAUUUUGAAGUUGUCCGAGUUGGAAGAACAUCCUUUUUCUUGGUGCCUUAUUGGUUUCUUCUUGCAAGCCUUUGUCAGUUUCCUGUGAUCAUUAGCAGUGGCCAGGGCCUGUGUGUGUGUGCUCGCGAGCGUCUGUGCUUGUGUGCACUUGUGCGCAUGUACAAGCUUAAAUAAUGUGCCGAUGGCACUGCUUCUAAGUUGGUAUUCAUUAGGCUGUUCCCUCCUGUGCCAGGGCGGCACUAAUCUUGACACCGGCUGCCAGGAGAAAACAUCAUGGAUCAUACACUGAACUUUAAUAACAGCAUCAGUGACCUGCACGGGCGAGUGUAGCUGGGAACCCCAGAGCUAGGAAGCACGGUUGUAUAUUUUAAUGAACUGCUACCCCUGCUAAGGAAGCUGCUUUUACUUUUGUGCUCCACAGAAAGACCCAGGGGGGGUAGGAGGGACAAAGCUUUGAAUGAGUGUGCUCUAACACUGGCAAACAAGACUGAGCGCAAAUCCAGGCAGGUGUGAGACACAGUGGCUAGGAAUCGCCUGCUGCCUCUCUCUGCCCUUUCUUGUCUCCAAAGUCCAAUCAAGUGAUCCUGGGAAAGUGCUUGGGGAGUAUCUAACAAGACAGUAAAGAAGGGUAGGAAGAUGUAACUAACCUGCUUCAGACUCUCAGAGCCUUCUGGUAGCGCGGUGACAAUUGCAGGAUUUAUUUCAUCCAGGAUAGUGUCUGUCUGUGGUACAUAAUUUUAAAAGAAUAUUAAUUCAUGUUGUUACAACCUAUGUAUAGUAUGUAUGUUCUGUGGGUGUGUAUAUACGUAAUAUAUAUUAUAUAUAUAUAUAUAUAUGAGAGAGAGAGAGAGCUUUAGUGACUUUUGAUACGGGUUGGUGCAGGUGAAUUUAUUACUGAGCCAAAUGAGGCACAUACCAAGUCAGUAGUUGGAGUCCAGGGCAUUCAGUGCUGUGCAUGAUUUGCAUACAUGUAUAGUGCCUAUCCCAUGCAGUAAGAAUCAUCGCCGACAUGCCACAUCCAGCACCCACAACUCAGAGCCAGCACUAUUUUAUUUGUAGACAAUCAGCUUGAAUCUAUAGAUGAUGACUGGCAAAUGAUUAUAAUUCUGAACCCGUAACACUCGCAAAAGGAAACCCAGAGUAUCUUGAAGAGACGUCUGGUUUGGUUUUGUGCCUGGGAGUCAGUCAGUACAACAGCAAUCCUAUGUGGUUAUGUUAGUCUCGAGAUCCUUAACUUGUUGACCUUAUUAUUUUGGAAAUUUUUUGUAUUAUAUUUGUGGGAAGGUAAAAUAAUGGUUUUAAGAUUUUUAUCAAAUAUGGAGAUUAGUUAUUUAUGAAAAACAAAGAAAUGUCUAUUUUUGUUUCUUUGUUCCCAAUUAAUGUAGAUAACUUUUUAAAAUGCAUUAAAGCAAUGGUGAAGAAAAUGUAA